AUGGCGGUGCCUUUUAUUGUUCAGUGGCUGGAGUUGCAGGAAGAGCGGCAGUUUCGUGAGCAUCGCGAUGCGUUCCAGAUGCGCGAGGAAAUGUUCCGGUCUCGGUGUCGACUGAGUAAGGGCUUGGCACGGUCGUUGUGCGAAGAGCUUCGUCCGGUGCUUGUGCGGGAGCGAGUGAACACUCGCACAGCGUUGACUGUAGAAGUUCAAGUUCCGUGCGCGCUUCGCUUCCUUGCCACAGGUGGAUUUCAAGGUGCGAUUACCAGUGACGAGGACUUGACUACAAGUCAAUCUAGCUUUAGCCGUUCGGUUCACGCAGUCAUCGAGGCUAUCGUGGAUUGCAUCGGCGACGCAUGGAUCUCGUUUCCAGACGACACAGCGGCAUUGAGUUCUGCAUCCGAAGGGUUCGUGCGCAGAGACUGCAGGUUCCAGGGUUGCGUCGGGGCUGCGGACGGCACAUAUGUGUGCAUUCGCGCACCAUCGGAGAGGGACGAUGCCAACAAGCCGGCUUACUUCUGCCGGAAAGGCUAUUACGCCUUGAACGUCAUGUGCACUACCGCGCCCCGCGACUUCUGCAACCCCUGUCAAAACUUUGCCUCGAAAGGUGACAGCGCCUAUCCGCUCCAGCCAUGGCUUGUCACACCUGUUCCUGGGAACCACAUUUAUGGUAGCCCUGCAGCCAUGUUUAACGCUGCCCACUCAUCGCUGCGCUCACUUGUGGAACGCUGUAUUGGGGUCCGUAAGAUGCGCUUCGGGUGUCUGCAACGGCACCGGGCGCUCUACUAUGGGCCAGUGUUCACGUCAAAAAUCAUUGCAGCCUGCGCAGUGCUGCACAACUUGUACGUGCGCGCUGAGCUUCCAGAGCCAGAUUGCACCCCUGGGAUCGACGACUUUGACGGAGACGUGAACGCAUACGAUGACAGCGGAGAUGUGACGGCGGCAACACUCUACAGGGCGGGCAGGCAGAAACGCGAAAGGAUGCUGCAAAUGUUCUGA